AUGACAACUGCAUCAUUAUCAAUUACACAUAUAAUACCACCUGACGAAGCUGAACAGACCAUGGUCGAUAUUGAAUCGUUAGCGAAGAAAGUUUAUCAAUCAUCGAUCGUUCUCUCGGCCGAUUUACUUCUUCGAUGGUAUCAACGCAAUCCAUUUAUGUGGUGGAUAGCGCGAGAGAAUCGUCGUUUGAUUGGCUACAUGUCGGUCAUACCAGUGAAACAUGAAGCCUUUCUGAAAACUCUUCAGUUUGACUUCGACGAACGUACGCACAUUACAAAUGAUGAUAUUAGAACUUGGAAUGAUGGAAUUGAUGAUAAAUAUUCGGUUUACAUAUGUUCGAUGGUGGUUGAUCCAGAUUAUCAGAAACAUCCAAAGUUACCCGUCUAUCGGUUAAUAGUGAAAUCUUUCUUGGAAAGCCUUUUGUCGUAUGGAGAAAAUCGAUCGGUUGUUAUUGAAUGGUCUGGAAUGGCAGUGAGCGAAGCUGGAUGUUACCUCUUACAAAACUAUUUCGAUCUAAAAUUUGUUGAUCGUGAUCAUCAUAACAGUAGUAUUUUCUAUGGAAGAACUAGCAUUGAACAUCAGCAACAACUUCUACAGAGACUUUUAAGAAAAUUAUAA